GUGCUGCAAGCCGUCAACACUCCGACACCCGGCCCAGCAAAGCACAGGGUCAUGUCCGGUCACGUGACUUCUGUCGAGGGGGAAGUCAACUUCAUCGUUAAAGAGUACCUGGACCACCUGGGCUUUGACACUGUGGCCAGGCUGUUCGAAGAAGAGUGCCUGAAGGCGCAGAAGCCCAUCCAGGAUCACGUUGCCAGUUCUUACAGGGACGAACGCAUUGCGAGGAUACUGAAGGACCUGCAGACGCUGUUUGAUGAAGGCAACGAGGCGCGCUUCUUCUCUGUCUGGGACUCGGGAGUCUGCCGGGAGCUCCGGGAGGAUACAAGGCUGUCCUGCCGAGACCUGGAGUUCCAGCUCCGUGUCUACUUUGCCAUCUUUCCCUUGCGCCACCCUGAAAAAGCGAGGCUGCAGCGGCGGGUGGACCCAGGGGGCGCCAUGGGCAAGUUCCGCCAGUACCUAGAGUCUCGGGGGGCCCCCGCCGGGGACGACAACCAGAUGCUGCUCUACUGUGCCCUGCCGUACGUGCCCAACCCAAAGGCACUGCCUACCUUCAAGCAGAUCUUCGAGGAGGACUGGGUACUUGACCUGAAGAGUAAGAUGGAGGAGUUUGUGGAGGAAGCUCUGACGGAGAAAGUCCAGGAACCUCCGCAGCCGCGACUGCUCGAACUUUACUACUGCAGCGACAUGGAACUCAACGAUCUGCGCCAAGAGUUUCGAUACCUCGAAAGAAGACUGCAGGAGUUUGAAAGUCACUGCAUGAGCCAGGAGGAACAGAUGAAUAAACUCCAGGAGGAUUACAAGACCCUAACGGGCAUCACGUCAGAACUGAUCACUGCCCUGGAGGCAACAAUCCAAGGAGACAUGGUGAACCUGGAGAAUGUGCUGUUCUCGUGCGGGCAGCAGUUUCCUGAACUGGUUCGAAUGCAGCGGUCUCGGACUUCGCAACUCUCAUCCACAGGAAGUCCGUUGCAGGCGCAGGACUCCCUUUCCAAACAGGGCAGUAACAGCAUUGAGAGGGACUACUUUGCCACGAGGCUCGACUUCUCCAAGAUAAAACACGACCUGACCGCUGCAGAAGCCACUCAGCGGUGCCUCCUUCUGCAAGCUCUGAGAUGGAAACUGACAAGGCCAUCCACUUUUGAACAACGGAACUCCGUGGUGCUUGCAUUUGUAGACAAUGAUCUUCUUGGAUUUGCAAAAAGAACACCCGACUAUUCAAAUCGCAUCCUGCACAUGAUCAAAUCUGCAAACUCUGGCCUGCAGCAGAGCUUCACGAGGUUUCUGAACGCUCUGGCUUCUUUCAGCCAAGGGCGCAGCUACCUGUCGAGGAAUCUGCAGCUGGUGGCCACCCUGAUUGACUGCUUGCUGUCGGACCGACUGCUGGAGCCCAAGUGCCAGGACAUGAUCCUUGGCAUCCUGCAGAAGCUCAGCCUCAGGCGAGCCCAGAAGGAGGUGAUGAUCAGCCAGGGAAUCAUGGAGUGGAUCGUCUGGACGCUCAACAAUGACCGCAGGAUCUCCCAGUACGGCCUGGAGUAUGCCGUAGCCCUCUUCAUGAACCUCUGCCUUCAAGCGUCAGGUUCAGAGCACUCCAUCAGUCAUAUAACCAAGUGGCAAACCCAGGCCCAGGCAAGCUCAGGCUGA